AUGCCUCGAUCCUUUAAAAUCUCCGUCCCUGCAUCGUCAGCCAAUAUCGGCCCUGGCUUUGAUGUUCUUGGUCUUGCCCUCUCUCUCUUCCUCGAGCUCACAGUCACUCUCGAUCCCUCUAAACCCUUGACCGAGGCCGAAAGCACCAUUUUCAACGAGAACUGUAAAAUCUCCUAUGAAGGCGAAGGCGUCGAAGAAGUCCCUCUUCUUGCAUCUCACAACCUUAUCACCCGUGUGGCUCUCUACGUUCUUAAAGUCAACGGUCUCACCACUUUCCCUAUCGGUACCUAUGUCCACGUCAAUAACCCUAUCCCUCUGGGCCGCGGUCUCGGAUCUUCCGGUGCUGCCGUUGUCGCCGGUGUCAUCCUUGCCAACGAGAUUGGCAGCUUCGACUUUUCUAAGCAGCGUAUGCUUGAUUACUGCCUGAUGAUUGAACGUCAUCCUGAUAAUAUCACUGCUGCUAUGGUCGGCGGCUUUGUCGGCUCUUAUCUUCGUGAUCUGUCCGAAGCUGAACUUUCUCGAGUCGAAAUCCCUCUUGCUGAGGUCCUCCCUGAACCCGCAGGUGGUAUCAACACCGGUCUCGUCCCUCCUGAGCCUCCCUUUAACAUUGGCCACCACAUCAAAUACGACUGGUGCACCCAAGUCAAGGCUGUCUGCAUUGUCCCAUCUUUUGAAGUCUCUACCGCAAAGUCCCGUGAAGUCCUACCUACAGCUUACACCAAGAAAGACCUUGUCUUUAACCUCCAGCGUCUUGCUGUUCUCACUACUGCCCUUUCUCGCUCUCCACCAAACCCAGAACUCAUUUUCCCCGCCAUGCAGGACCGGGUGCAUCAACCUUACCGCAAGGUUCUUAUCCCUGGUCUCACUGAGAUCCUUCAGUCGAUGACUCCUAAGACUCACCCUGGUCUUCUUGGUAUCUGUCUUUCUGGUGCUGGCCCCACAAUUCUUGCUCUGGCCACACACAACUUUGAUGCCAUUGCUGAGGAGAUUGUGUCUCAGUUUGAGAAGGAGAAGAUCAAGUGUCAGUGGAAGCUGCUGGAACCCGCCUACGACGGUGCUACUGUUGAGAAGUUGUAA